UAAAAUUUACUACAGAGGGUCAAAUAAAUUAAACGACGAGAAAAAAAUUAAAUAUAAAUUGGUCCGAGAAGUCGAAAACCUCCGCGGCCACGUGAGCACAAACUUUAUGUCCCUUCGCGGAAGUGACGUCAGGGAAGCGAUGGCGGCCCGUGCUGCUCUACCGUAUUGGCUUUAAACUGUUCUCAGAGGUGAGGAAUCGUGCGUGUUUUCUUCUCGCUUUCUCGGAGGCUCCCCGGAGGAGGAUAUCGCGUUUAACGCCGCGGCAGAUGGACAGUUGCGCGCCUGUCGGCUCUCGGCGGAACGGAGACGUUUGUUCGACACUCCGCUCGGUUUGACCAUCCUAGCCAAGCGAGCAUUUGAAGAAGACUUCACGGAGCCGGACGGACGAACUACCUCCCGAACGACAAAGACGUCCGCCGAAACGCUUUCCUAACGCGGGAGAAAGCGCCGCACUUUUGCGCCGCCCCGUGCGCUUCGCGGUUCGGGUCGCGUGAAGACGCGCGAGGCGCAUCGGGACGCUCCGGUGUGAAGUUGUGAAUGGUCGGCGGGGUCUCAUUUCCACAGGUGUGCCGUGUCGCUCUCGUCGGCGGUGUGAAUCGCACCUCGCGGACUCGGGUGUUAUGGUUGACAUGCUGAAGACGCGCCAGUGUCUGCUCGGUGUGCGCACUUUCCUCGGCGUGACCUCCAGGUUAUGGAGCUUCUUCUUGUACAUCCUCAGGAAGCACGUACGAAAGAUAAUCCAGUAUCAAACCGUGCGAUAUGACAUCUUACCGUUGUCACCCAUUUCCAGAAACAGACUCAACAACGUGAAGCGAAAGAUCUUAGUUUUGGAUCUGGACGAGACGUUGAUCCACUCUCAUCACGAUGGCGUUCUCAGACCCACAGUUCGUCCUGGAACGCCGCCAGACUUCAUCCUCAAAGUGGUGAUAGACAAACACCCGGUCAGAUUCUUUGUGCAUAAAAGACCGCAUGUGGACUUCUUCCUGGAGGUGGUCAGUCAGUGGUAUGAGUUAGUAGUGUUCACCGCUAGUAUGGAGAUCUACGGAUCUGCUGUAGCCGAUAAGCUGGAUAACAACAAGGGAAUCCUGAAAAGAAGAUACUAUAGACAGCACUGUACGCUGGAUUCAGGUAGUUAUAUUAAAGACCUGUCCGUUGUACAUGAUGACUUAUCAAGUAUAGUCAUUCUUGACAACUCGCCGGGAGCAUAUCGCAGUCAUCCAGAUAAUGCAAUACCCAUAAAGUCGUGGUUUAGUGACCCCAGCGACACAGCACUUCUAAACCUGCUGCCCAUGCUGGAUGCACUAAGAUUCACGGCAGACGUCCGAUCCGUCCUGAGCAGGAACCUCCACCAGCAUCGACUCUGGUGAUCGUCCGACCGAGGGCUUUCCUCAAGUCCGCUCUUCUUUUACUUAGUUUUUUCCAAUUGCUUCCCUACUUGACACCGGCCAGUCCAUUCCCCCUCGGCUCUCCGCCUCUCAGAACCGGCCUUGCGUGAGGGCCGUAGGGAGGAGAGUCUGUCCCGAACUCAAAGGGGAUGAAAAAAAGGCAAACUUUGUAGGGAAGCCCCCUUUUUUUUUUUUUUCCCCUACGUUUUUGUUUCUUUUCUCUUCUUCGAAAUGGAGUCUCUGCCUUACAGCUCUACCUAUGCUGAUCGCGUGUGUGAGUUAUGUCUGUGGUACGUGUGUAUGAGGACAUCUGCUGUUUUUCCUUUUAAAGACAUUCGAGGCAAGGGGAAGAAAAACAGACCUUUUUGUGACUUGCGUCUUCGAUCCCAGCCUGGGACGUCAUACCUCACUUCUAAAGGCGGUGCGAAUGGAGAUCGGAUUGGCUCAGAGUUGGCCACCAACACCCUGCACAUUGAAUAGAGCUCACUGGAAGAUGUUGAUUGGCACGGAUCAUGACAGGACCGGUAGAUUUCAGGGUUAUCAUGCUAGAGUUGUACAUGCUAUUAUUGAGGUACUGUCCGGGAAGACUUUUAAUGACUUCUGUGUGGUGUCCAAACUCGGAUGAUGGAGAUGCAUUCUGUGGCAAAUUCGUAAGUUUUAUUCUUCUGGUUAGUUCUCAUCCUGUUUUAUUCUCGGCGGUAAGUGAAUUUGUCACGAUUAUCAGGGAGGAUGUAAUAGAAUACGAGCUUUGAAGAAGCUGAACGACAGAUUUUAAGCCUUUCUGCUCUAAUUCUUCUCUACAGAAUGUAUGUGGUCGGUUAUGAUAUCCUACCACUUGGACGCCUUUUUACAAAUGUUUUUUUUUUCUUUCCUGAAAAUGUAAUAACGGCAAGACUUGAAUUUAUAAACUUCAAUGUAUUGAAGAGCUGACUGAGCAACAGAUACCUUUUUUUUACUGAAGGCCUUGUUGGUUUCUCUGCGCACCGGUCAGAUAACGUCAGUUCUAUUCCCAUCAAUCUAACACUUGUUGAGUCUCAAGGCAGCUUCCUGGGACACAAGUCCAUAGACCCGUGCACGUUACUAAUAAAAACGUGUCACUAUCCUGUA